ACGGGCGCGCCGAAAGACGGCGACGCGCUCGCGUGGGCUCUGCCGGUCUGCGCGCCGACGGCGGCCGCGCGCCACUACGCGCACGCGCUCAAGCUCCAGCCGGGGACCCAGAAGAAGGGCAAGGCCGCCAAGGACGCCCUCGAGAUCCUCGCGCGGUCCUGCGACGACGCCGACCGCCGGGACCUCGUCAAGGCCGUCGACGUCAACGAGUGCAUCCUCGCCUUCGUCUCGUCGACGAAGAUCACGCACGUCGUCGCCAACCAGCUCAAGCAGGCGCGCAAG